AUGGAGAGUAGGCCUGAAGAGUUGUCAGAAGCUGUGGAGGAGUCGGACCCACCAACAGCAGAAUCAAAAGACAAAUCUCUUGGGAAACCUGUGGAACAACCUGCAGUGGAGGAAUCUGUAGAUGCACCUGCUGACCAACCAGAGGCAGCAGAGCCCUCUGAGACAACGACUGAGGAACCUGCAUCUGUGGAAGAAGCUGAUGGAGAACUCAUCGCAAAACUCACUGCAGAACCCACCGUGGGACCCACAGUGGAACCAGCAAGUGAAAUUCAAUCAGAAGAGGCUGCUGUAGAAUCAGUCUUAGAACCUGUAGUGAAACCUGUUGACAGUGUUUCUGAAGAACCUGCAGUUAGGCCAGCGGCUGUGGAGGCAAUUGAACUUGUAGUUGAGCCUGUGGCUGCAGUUAAACCUGUAGUUGAGCCUGUGGCUGCAGUUAAACCUGUAGUUGAGCCUGUGGCUGCAGUUAAACCUGUAGUUGAGCCUGUGGCUGCAGUUAAGCCUGUAGUUGAGCCUGUGGCCGCAGUUAAACCUGUAGUUGAGCCUGUGGCUGCAGUUAAACCUGUAGUUGAGCCUGUGGCUGCAGUUAAACCUGUAGUUGAGCCUGUGGCUGCAGUUAAACCUGUAGUUGAGCCUGUGGCUGCAGUUAAACCUGUAGUUGAGCCUGUGGCUGCAGUUAAACCUGUAGUUGAGCCUGUGGCUGCAGCUAAACCUGUAGUUGAGCCUGUGGCUGCAGCUAAACCUGUAGUUGAGCCUGUGGCUGCAGUUAAACCUGUAGUUGAGCCCGUGGCUUCAGUUAAACCUGUAGUUGAGCCCGUGGCUGCAGUUAAACCUGUAGUUGAGCCCGUGGCUGCAGUUAAACCUGUAGUUGAGCCCGUGGCUGCAGCUAAACCUGUAGUUGAGCCCGUGGCUGCAGUUCAACCUGUAGUUGAGCCCGUGGCUGCAGUUAAACCUGUGGUUGAGCCCGUGGCUGCAGUUCAACCUGUGGUUGAGCCCGUGGCUGCAGUUAAACCUGUGGUUGAGCCCGUGGCUGCAGCUAAACCUGUAGUUGAGCCCGUGGCUGCAGCUAAACCUGUAGUUGAGCCCGUGGCUGCAGCUAAACCUGUAGUUGAGCCCGUGGCUGCAGCUAAACCUGUAGUUGAGCCCGUGGCUGCAGCUAAACCUGUAGUUGAGCCCGUGGCUGCAGCUAAACCUGUAGUUGAGCCCGUGGCUGCAGCUAAACCUGUAGUUGAGCCCGUGGCUGCAGCCAAACCUGUAGUUGAGCCCGUGGCUGCAGCCAAACCUGUAGUUGAGCCCGUGGCUGCAGCCAAACCUGUAGUUGAGCCCGUGGCUGCAGCCAAACCUGUAGUUGAGCCCGUGGCUGCAGCUAAACCUGUAGUUGAGCCCGUGGCUGCAGCUAAACCUGUAAUUGAGCCCAUGGCUGCAGCUAAACCUGUAGUUGAGCCCGUGGCUGCAGCUAAACCUGUAGUUGAGCCUGUGGCUGCAGUUAAACCUGUAGUUGAGGAGUCAACAUCUGAACCCAUCAUUGAAGCUGAAGCUGAAGCUGUGUCUGAAGCAGCUGUUGAAGUUGUUCAGGAAUUAUCAGCUGCUAUUGAACUUGAGGAGGCAUUAGACGUGGAGCUACCUGCUGCUGAAGUCGUGGCAGAUGAUAUAAUAGCACCUGCAUCAGAACCUACACCAUCCCCUUGUGGGGGUCAGGUUCCAUCACUCACUCAGCAACAGGAGGAUGCUGAACCACAGCAUCAGAUAGUCCAUGACUUUCGUCACACCAAGUAA